AUGUCUGCAAAGUCGAUUCUUGAGGCCGACGGCAAGGCCAUUCUCAACUACCACCUUACCCGCGCUCCUGUCAUCAAACCUACCCCUUUGAAGGCCGCUGCCGUGCACAACCCCCCUCCAAAACUGGCCUCCAUCUUCUUCCCUGAGGACGAGUCACCAAAGGCCGUGUUGGACCAAGCUGAGGCUACAUACCCAUGGCUCCUCCACCCGGGCUCAAAGUUUGUUGCAAAGCCCGACCAGUUGAUUAAGAGAAGAGGAAAGAGUGGUCUUCUUUGCUUGAACAAGGGCUGGAAAGAAGCAAGAGCGUGGAUUGAAGAGAGAGCCCGCAAGGAGCAAAAGGUCGAGCACGUUACGGGCGUUCUCUGCCAGUUUCUCGUCGAACCCUUUGUGCCUCACCCUCAAGACACCGAAUAUUACAUCAACAUCAACUCUGUCCGAGAUGGCGACUGGAUUCUUUUCACACACGAGGGUGGUGUCGACGUCGGCGACGUGGACGCAAAGGCUAAGAAGAUCCUGAUCCCAGUCGACCUGAAGAAGUUCCCCUCAAAUCAACAGCUGGCCGAGACUCUCUUGCCUGACGUCCCGAAGGGCGUCCACAAUGUUUUGAUCGACUUCAUUGUGCGACUCUACUCCGUCUACGUCGACUGCCAAUUCACCUACCUCGAAAUCAACCCGUUGGUCGUUAUUCCGAACUCUUCUGGCACCUCUGCUGAGGUCCACUUCCUCGAUCUCGCCGCUAAGCUUGAUCAGACUGCAGACUUCGAAUGUGGUGUGAAAUGGGCCAUUGCCCGAAGUCCUGCUGCUCUAGGUCUCCCUGGUGUCAAAUCUGAUGGAAAAGUCACCAUCGAUGUUGGCCCUCCUAUGGACUUCCCUGCGCCGUUCGGUCGUGAGCUCAGCCGAGAAGAGAAGUACAUCGCGGACAUGGAUGCGAAGACUGGCGCUUCACUCAAACUGACUGUCUUGAAUGCCAAGGGCCGCAUCUGGACUUUGGUCGCUGGUGGUGGUGCCUCGGUCGUAUAUGCCGACGCCAUUGCCUCCGCCGGUUUCGUCAGCGAAUUGGCCAACUACGGUGAAUACUCCGGCGCACCGACCGAGACUCAGACGUACAACUACGCCAGAACGGUUCUCGAUCUCAUGCUCCGCGCCCCAAUGCACCCUGAGGGCAAGGUUCUCUUCAUUGGUGGUGGCAUUGCCAACUUCACCAACGUGGCCUCUACCUUCAAGGGCGUUAUCCGAGCUCUACGAGAAGUCGCACCAGUCCUGACCGAGCACAAGACCCAGAUCUGGGUCCGUCGUGCUGGUCCCAACUACCAGGAAGGUCUCAAGAACAUCAAAGGUGUUGGCGAAGAGCUUGGCCUCAAUAUCCACGUGUACGGCCCUGAGAUGCAUGUCUCAGGUAUUGUGCCAUUGGCUCUUCUCGGCAAGAAGUCUUCAAUCCCCGAGUUUGGCGCAUAG